AUGAAAGUUUUACUAUCGAUAUUAGCGAUAGCCCUACUGGGUUCCGCGAUUGGAGACGAAAUUCCGACAGAAGACAACGUACUUGUGCUGACCAAACCGCUAUUCGAUGAUGUUAUUGCUAAUACUGAGUUUGUUUUAGUGGAAUUCUAUGCACCAUGGUGCGGUCACUGCAAAUCCCUCGCGCCGGAAUACGCUAAAGCUGCCACUGAAUUGGCUGACGCAAAUUCACCUAUCAAGCUCGCUAAGGUGGAUGCGACACAAGAGCAAGAUCUAGCCGAACAAUACAAAGUACGAGGAUACCCAACUCUCAUUUUCUUCAGAAACGGCAGCCCUAUUGAAUACUCAGGUGGUCGCCAAGCUGAAGACAUCAUCUCUUGGAUUAAGAAGAAGACUGGACCUCCAGCCAUUAGUGUGUCUUCAUCGGAGCAAGCCAAGGAGGUCAUUGCUGCAAAUAAUGUCAUAAUCUUUGGUUUCUUCCCUGACCAAACUACACAGAAGGCGGUAGCUUUCCUUAACACAGCUGGUUUAGUUGAUGACCAAGUAUUUGCCAUUGUAUCUGAUGAGAAAGUUUUCGAAGAAUUGGAAGCCAAGGCUGAAGAUGUCAUAUUGUACAAGAACUUUGAAGACCCCAGCGUCAAGUUUGAUGGAGAAGAAUUCAACGAAGACAUCUUCAAGAACUGGGUGUUUGUACAGAGUAUGCCCACAGUUGUCGAAUUCUCCCAUGAGACAGCCCCUAAGAUCUUCGGUGGACAAAUUAAAUACCAUCUCUUGGUCUUCCUGUCAAAGAAAAUUGGUCACUUCGAAAAGCACUUGGAACCACUGAAACCUGUAGCCAAAACCUACCGUGAAAAGAUCAUGACUGUCGCCAUUGACACUGAUGAAGACGACCACCAAAGAAUCUUAGAGUUCUUCGGAAUGAAGAAGGAAGAGGUACCGGCUGCUCGCUUGAUCGCCUUGGAACAGGACAUGGCGAAAUACAAACCUGCGUCCAACGAGCUCACUCCUGACGCUAUUGAGGAAUUCGUGCAAUCCUUCUUCGCUGGUACCCUGAAGCAGCACCUUCUCAGCGAAGACCUCCCAGAAGACUGGUCCGCCAAGCCCGUUAAGGUGUUAGUCGCUAACAACUUCGACGAAAUAGUUUUCGACGCCAACAAGAAGGUCCUUGUGGAGUUCUACGCACCUUGGUGCGGCCAUUGCAAACAGCUAGUGCCGAUCUACGACAAACUCGGUGAACACUUUGAGAAGGACGACGAUGUCGUUAUUGCCAAGAUCGACGCGACUGCCAAUGAGUUGGAGCACACGAAGAUCACAUCCUUCCCCACCAUCAAACUUUACACCAAGGACAACCAGGUCCGCGACUACAACGGCGAACGUACUCUCGCUGCUUUAACCAAGUUCGUAGAGACUGAUGGAGAAGGCGCCGAGUCUGUGCCUUCUGCGUCGGAAGAGGAAGAAGAAGACGCAGCGCCUAGGGACGAGUUAUAA